UUGUCCUUCGUGUAAGGAGGUGCGGUGUCGGUUAAUAUAAGAAUCAGAAUAUCCUGGUUGUAGAGUUCAGUACCGGCGAGAAUAGCGAGUAAAUUAAAAUCGGAUGGGCAUUACUUUUUUGAAUUAUUUAGUGAAGUUUUUGUGAGAAUCAUGGCGAGUUUUAAAUGCGUGUUAACGUUACUACUUCUGGUAGUGGCAUUAUCCCAUGCAACGCCUACAUUUAAAAAGAAGUUCUUUGGAGGCGGUUAUGGUGGAGGCUAUGGAGGCGGUUAUGGUGGAGGGUACGGUGGAGGAUAUUACCAACGACCUGCUACGGUGCUUGUUGUGAAAAAGGUGUAUAGUGGCGGUUAUGGAGGAGGAUAUCAUCCAGGAUAUAGUGGAGGUCACUACGGAGGAGGUGGCUAUGGAGGAGGAGGCGGCUAUGGAGGUGGAUUCGGAGGUGGUGGCGGUGGUGGCGGCGGAGGCGGUGGUGGUUUUGGAGGCGGUUUCGGUUUUGGAGGUGGUUUCGGAGGAGGCUACGGAAAGUAAUUUAAUUUUUUUUUUGUAAAUACAUGAUUUUGUAAGAAAAA